GGGUGCCUUGUGUGUAUUGGAAUUCUUUACAGUGCUAAAGAAAUUAUGUUUUCUAACGUAGCUUUAGGGAAUCUAAAGAUAAACAUUUUGAGAAUAUGAAUAUGUUGUAUAACAAUUUAGCCCUUUUUGGGGUUGCGUUUUAUUCUCUAACUUCUACAGGUACAGAAGGUGCAGGAGAAUGUCGUGAUCUUCACGACAGAGUGAUUACCCAAGGUCUUCACUACGUACCGGGUCCUGAUACCUGUACUCUAUGUGUCUGUGACAAUGGUCAGCCUAAAUGGUGCAAAGCUGUUCUUUGUUCUCCUCCACAAGACUGUAAGUCGUUCCGGGUGGGCAGCUCGUGCUGUGAGUUUAUCUGCUUAGACGACACCAUCCUAAACCGUGACGGUGGCCAUGAUCUCAAUGCAGACCUCGGUCUUCGCCUGAUAGCCAGUGCCGUCACCGCCAUCUUGUCUCUUUCCCUCCUUUUCUUUCUCAUUCAUCGACUGAGGCAGCGCAAGAUCAGGGGUCGCCAAAGUCGACAGUUGAGUGAAGACUCCCGCAGUCUGGGCAGUAUCGGCUACAUCGCUGGGAGUCUCGGCUACCUCCCACCAGCACUGGGCUGUCAGGACUUCCACUAUGAGGAGGCAUCUUCUCACUUCCCUCUAUGGAAACCUCCAGGAAACUACUUCCCACGAGGAGAGGCUCCGCCCCCGUAUGAGGAAGCGGUGGCAGCUGCACGCGCAGAGGCAGCAUUGGCCGCUAGAACCACUCCCGGUACCAGUCUGAGUCUGCUGCAGCACCAGCAUCGUACCAUCCCUCUGACACUAGCCACCAGUGGGCCUCUGUCUCCGCCACCCCCAGAGACUAGACUGGCCACUAUACGGCCGGACUUGUUCUUCCAGGAGGUGGUGCGGGACCCAGCAGCUCCGCCUGUUGUGUCCUCCUCCCCAGCCACAGUUACUCCUACGUUUACCAUCGCUGAUACAGUAGCCAGUGGCAGGAGUGUGCUGUUAGAGACACAGUGUGUGAGACCGUCCGUACACACUACCUUGCCUACUGUCAUGGAGGAUGAUGAUUACCGCAGCGAGUGCGAGAACUGCAACAUGAGUGAGCAGUUUGAUGGCGAGAUGGAGACGAUGACGUUACAUCGGAGACCUCACGAGGAGGCGGAGGAACCGUUCCCUCCUUACCGAACAUCUCUGACUCUCCCGACCAACUGUCGUCGGCAAAGAUCAACAACAAUGGGUGCUCCUGCUCAGGCAGGUGCUCGGGAGAACUGGUUCAGUAGCAUGCCUUCGUCCACUUCAUCCUCUGAAGACGAAGAGUAACUGACUCUGAUGUAAUUGGUGCAUAAACCGACUUAAGUUCAUCACACAAACUGAUAGAUUAGAACCGGUCGACGUGAUGAACAGUCUUGUCAUACCAACAUCAAGGUGGGUUAGUGUUUGAGAACUUGGUGCUUCAGUCAAUAGUUGUUACCUUUUUAAUAAUUGAAAACAGUUUUACUUUGAAUAUUUAUUAGUUUUGUUGUUUGUAUGUAAAAUUCUGUUGCACACUAUCAUGUGAUUGUAGCCCUAUGGACUUGUUUGUGCCAAAGUUUGAGUUGGUUCAAACCCACGGUUGUUUUAUAAAUUUGUGUUCAAACAUUUCUAUUUUGUGUAAUAUCUGUCAGCAACUGUUAACAUUUUCGAUGCUUAGUGUAGAUUUGCUUGAACUCAAAUUUAACGGGUAUGUACCAUGCAUUUCCAUGAAAGUUUGCUAAAAACAGAAUAUCAGUUCUAAAAUAACUUGGUAGUGGUGGGUUUUUCUUUAUAAAGUACAACUAGCCUACUAUAUUUGUUAGAGAAGUUUUACUACUGUCAUAUUUUAGUUUUGUAAAAUAGUAAUCACUUGCAAAUUAUCUUUUAACAUUUUUUGUAAUCAAUACACAUUUUGCCAUUGAUAUUCUUUUGACAGUAUAUGCUCUGUGAUUGUCCUUUGUAGUUUAUUUCUUAAUGAUUGUUAGGGGAUAUAUAUCCUAUAUCCUUUACAAAUUAUAGUUUUAAAACAGAAUAUUUAACUAGGUUAUUGUUUGUUUGGUUUUGUUUUUAUUUUUUGCUAGAUAUAAGUGACCUUUAUUAGGGAACAGUGUUGUUUUACUGAUUUUAGUGUAAUGUUUUUACAACCCAUCACUGCCCCUAAAAUUGAUUCUAUUGUUGUCUUUAUAAUUGCAAAAUAUUUUAAAGGUGUAAGACAUUUUAAACAGGUCAAAUUUAUUUAACCAAUGUUUUCUAUUUUUAUACAGAUUUUCAUAUUUUUAUUACUUUACACAGUUUAAUUUGUAUUAUAAAUAUUACCAAGCAUUUUACUUUAUGACAAUUAUGUUCCAUGUAUUUUUAAUCACUUUGAUAAACAAAAACUGUAAUACUCUAAAUGUGUUCUGUGUUUUGAACUUUACUCAACGAACCACAGUGACUGUAAAUGUGUGAAACAAGUGUAAUUAAGUGUUAAAGAUGUGUUGACAUGUAUUGUCACCGUGUGACUUUGUGUGCAUUAAAUGCUCAACGUGUGCGUGAACGAUGGAUGCUAGGUGUUGUUACGAUGUGAAAGUUUUACAUUUGUUAUUCUCGAUAUGUGUUGACUACAUUUUGUGAAGUAGCAGGGACUUUGAUGCUUCAAACCUGUCAAUCAGAAUACUGUGAAAAGCCAAAUGGCAAAUAUAUUUAAAUUUGCUUACAUUAUACAAAUAAACAACACAAUUAAACUGGAAGUAACAUUUAAAAGUUGAGAUCAACUUAUCUUUGUUUGAACUUUUUAACAGACUUUUACAGAAUCAAAACUUGUUGUUUUUGUUUUUUAUAUGUAGCCUAAGAUGAAUAAAAAGUCCCUGUUACGUGUUACCAUUGUACUGUGAUCAGUAAUCUAGUCUUAUUGUUACAAUUUUUAUCAAUGUUGUAUGCAUAUUUUGGGAACAUUCCGUUUAUACCGUUUUAGUUUCAUUUUAAAGUAUUAUGAUAAUUUACCAACUCGAGUCAUUUUUAGAUAUUCAAAUUUGAACCUAGAUAAGUCUUUAAAGCUGCCACAAAAGUCAACUAAAAUGGCUAUUGUUUGAAGAAAGUCUCAUAGCUUUUACAAUCGACAAAAUCACCAUUGAGUGAGAUUAGCAUUUUGUUUUACUAAAUUACCAUAUUUUAUUGUUUUAAUCAGCUGUUUGACAGCAGGUUGAGUGGAACCGAGCCUAAUGAGCACCAAAUCUAUUAGUCUAAGGUACAUGUAAGGUAGAGCCAAGAGAGAGGUUUUUUUUUGUGAUAUUAUCAUGACAAAAAACUGCAUCUACUGAGAUUGCACGACUUUGUCAUGAUUGCUUGCCACCAUAUUGUCUCCUUGAAUGCAGGAGGUGUACAAUCUAAGUAGGCCAACUGUAUUUAGUUUAUUUGACUCGAUUUGGAACUUUAUAAUAUAUAUAUGUAACAAGUUGUUCAUUAUGUUUAAUGUUUAAUAUUCAGUUUUGAAAUAAUGGCAAAUAUUAGUUUUAUCAACAAUUUUAAAUAGUAUUGUUUGUUGUUGACCUUGUUGCAGAUUAUCUUACCAUGACAAAU